AUGGCAAGUCUCACUGAUGAUGCCGACUACGAUGCCGGCGAAACGUCUGAGAAUGUAUCAAGUCCACAGGAUGGCAAAACUCACGGGACUGGCUUCACUUGUCUCUUUGACGAGUUCGUAGCUUGGUGCGGCGAAUGGCAAAACUCACUGAUGUGUCGAGAGAUUGACUUCACUUGUCUCUUUGACGAGUUCGUAUCUUGGUGCGGAGAAUGGCAAGAUGAUGAUGCCGACUACGAUGCCGGCGAAACGUUUGAGAAUGUAUCAAGUCCA